GUCGACGUGUAGUCCUAGUGACGACACGGGAGAUGGAUGCUUCGUGGACCACUUUUCUUCAUAUAAAUCGAGAGAUGGCGUCCUACACCCCGUGAAUAAUCAAAAAUGAUAAUAAAGAAUUGAUGAAGAGGACACUACCGUAAUGUAUCAUUAUGCUACGAACCCUCAAUUGAAGUAGGCUAAUAAUCGUCAUCUUUCACUGAUAGAAACAGCAAUUAUUUUGGUGCUGUUCUGCAAUAGCCUAUUCGUAUUCCACCUGGCUUUCCCACAUUUAACAGGGGGGUUGGUUCCGCUGCGUUUGUUUCAGCAUCCUCCAACUUCCGCCUCUGCGUGUCCAACGCAAGGAGACAGGGAGAGAAGGGCGAUGGCUGCCGGUGGAGGAUGCGGGGAGACUGUGGAUCAGUACCGGGCGGAGGUGGAGCGGCUUACCCAGGAACUUGCGGAAGCGAACAGAGAGAAGAUAAGGGCGGCAGAAUGCGGUCUUGUUGUGUUGGAUGAGAACCAGACUCUAAAGCACCAGUAUGCCGAUCUGGAAUCGGAACAGGAGACGCUGAAGCAAGAGUUGGAACAAUUACAAGAGGCGUUUGGCCAGGCAUACUCCAACCAGCGUAAGGUGGCGGAGGAUGGCGAGAUCAACGAGGAGUCGCUGCUGCAGGAGUCCGCGUCAAAGGAGGCCUUCUACAUGGGCCAGCUGCUGGAGCUGCAGAUGGAUCUGAAGAUGAGCCGCUCAGUGGCGUCCAACGCGUCCAACGAGAGCGAGAGGCUCAACGCCGUGCUUCAGGAGCACAAAGAGAGUAAUGAGAUGCUGGAGCUGCAGCGGAGCAGGAUGAGAGAGGAAAUCAGGGAGUAUAAAUUCCGAGAGGCGCGACUCCUACAGGACUACACUGAGCUGGAGGAGGAGAACAUCACCCUGCAAAAACUAGUGUCCACCCUCAAACAGAACCAGGUGGAGUAUGAGGGUCUGAAGCAUGAGAUCAAGGUUCUGGAGGAGGAGACGGUGCUGCUGAACAGCCAGCUGGAGGAUGCUGUGCGUCUGAAGGACAUCUCUCAGUCCCAGCUGGAGGAGGCUCUGGACUCCCUGAAAAUUGAGAGGGAGCAGAAGAACAGCCUGAGGAAGGAGCUAGCCCACCACAUCACCCUCAGCGACAGUGUGUACGGGGCCGGAGCCCACCUGGCUCUCACCGCCACUGUCGACGGGCUCAAAUUUGCCACCGAAGAGGUCGGGAGUAAUGGUACAACCAUGCAUAAUGGAGCCAAUGGGAAUGAGGAUAGCAACGGCCACUGUAAUGGACACCUGGGAUUGGCUAAGAUGAACGGCGACUACCGGCUGCCCAGGAAGGGGGAGGGGCUGCAUGGUCCUGUGUCUGAUCUCUUCAGCGAGCUCAACCUGUCUGAGAUGCAGAAAGUAAAAAAGCAGCUGUUUCAGGUGGAGCGUGAGAAGUCAGGCCUCCUGAUGAACCUGCAGGAGUCCCAGACCCAGUUGCAGCACAUACAGAGCGCCCUGACGGAGCAACACGAGCACGUCCAACGCCUCACCGAGCGCGUCAACGCCAUGAAGCACCUCCAAAGUGACAAGGAGAUAGCUGAUGCUCAGGAGUCUGAGAAGUCCAACGGGUCACCCUCGCCCUGUCACCGUGACUACGAGGUGGACAUCCACGGGAUGGACAUCCUGGAGUGUAAGUACAAGGUGGCAGUAACCGAGGUGACCGACCUGAAGGCGGAGCUAAAAGCCCUGAAGGAGAACUAUAACCAGAGUGUGGAGGGCAAGGGGGAGGAGCAGAGCAGCAGCGAUGGGAAGGUCCAGGCUCUGGACGAGCAGGUCAACCGGCUGGAGCAGAGCUGCCGCGAUUCCCACGAUAGGGUGGCGUGUUUGGAGGCAGAACUAAAGACGGCGACGGGUGUGGCCUCAGAGAGCCACAGCAUGCUGAACACAGCACAGGAUGAGCUGGUAACAUUCAGCGAGGAGCUGGCCCAGCUCUACCACCACGUGUGUCUCUGCAACAAUGAGACGCCCAACCGCGUCAUGCUGGACUACUACCGCCAGAGCCGCAACACCCGCAGCGGCAGCCUCAAGGGCUCUGAGGACCCCCGGGCACUCCUCUCCCCUCGACUGGCUAGACGCCUCGCCGCUAUCAACGCCGGGUUCUCCGAGGCCCCACGGAGCCCCAUAGACUCGCCCUCCAAAGAACCCCCCAGUGGGGACAACGGGGAAACAGGGAGGGAGUCCCCAGCACCAGGCAGCCAGCGGAGCCCAACCCGCACCCUCAUGGACUCCCCGGUCAUCAACGGCACCAACGGCCCUUCCUCCUCCUCCCCCAUGCCUCCCGAGGCAAGUGGAGAUCUGCGUAAGGAGCCCAUGAACAUCUACAACCUGAACGCCAUCAUCAAGGACCAGAUCAAACACCUGCAGAGGGCCGUGGACCGCUCCCUCCAGCUGUCUCGACAGAGAGCGGCAGCCCGAGAGCUGGCCCCCUUGUUCGACAAGGACAAGGAGGCCUGCAUGGAGGAGAUCCUCAAGCUCAAGUCCCUCCUCAGCACCAAGAGGGAGCAGAUUGCCACGCUCAGGCUGGUGCUCAAAGCCAACAAACAGACUGCAGAGGUGGCGCUGGCUAACCUAAAGAGCAAGUAUGAGAAUGAGAAGUGCAUGGUGACAGAGACCAUGAUGAAGCUGAGGAACGAGCUGAAGGCUCUGAAAGAAGACGCCGCCACCUUCUCCUCUCUCAGGGCCAUGUUCGCCACCAGGUGUGAUGAGUACGUGACUCAGCUGGAUGAGAUGCAGAGACAGCUGGCAGCAGCGGAGGAUGAGAAGAAAACCCUGAACUCCCUGCUCCGCAUGGCCAUCCAGCAGAAGCUGGCCUUGACCCAACGCCUGGAGGACCUGGAGUUUGACCACGAGCAGACCAGGGACCGCAGCCGCGGCACAAAGGUGCCCAAACUCAAGAGCAGCCCGCCCAAAGUAAGUCGACGAGCCGCUCUCACCGCUCCCCCCAGCCCUACCAUGAUACACAGCCCUUCCUCCACCAGCCCCCACCCCUUCAACACCUCCCUGACCCUCUGCAGCCCUCCCUCCCUGGAGCUGCCCCUGUCCUCCAACCCUUGGUCGGCCUCAGACAGAGGCACAUCCCAGUUCUCUUCCCUGCCUCCCCUGGGUGACCCCCAAUGGUCCCUGGGCACUCAGACCUUCAUCAUUGACCCAGAGUCGCUGAGUUUAGAGUUCUGUCGACUCGUUAACAGUCGAGACUCUGGUCUGCACUCUCCUAGCUCCGCCCCUGCAUCUCCCUACCGCUCACCCAUUCCCAAGACUUGGCAACACUUGUCGCCGGGGUCGGUGAGAACUCGUACCCAAAAAGAUGCACCUCGGCCCUCUGCUCUGGCCACAUCUCCCAGCAACCCUGUCCCUCGCUCCUACAGUUCCCAGAUGCCCCAGCCCUGAGUCCGGGGGGGUGGGUUGGAAGCAGAGAGGAGGACAGACUGGUUUCCUGUUUCCUGUGUCUGGCUUGACCUAUGCCUAUGCAGUACUGACACUCUUCUCAGGGAUUGGCUAGGAGACGGAGCCCAACAGAGCUUGUUCCAUCUGCAGACAAUACUCAACAGUCUGUUUGUAGUUUUGGGCUCAUAAGGCACCACAGUUGCUAUUGUCCAUUUCUGUAAAUAAAGGGAUUUAGAGAAUAAAUUAAAUAUACUGUAUGUGAGAAAUAUACUAGGAAAUGUGAAAUUCUAAUGAAAAAUAAUGUAGAAUUUUAGUGUAUGAGGAUGUGGUGUGUUUAAUGAGCUUAAGAUAGUGUGAGGGAUACUUGUACAUUUUGGAGAUAUUUGAUGCGGUAUAACACAAUGAUGUAUUUCCCACACUUGGCACAUACUUCUCAUAUCACACAACCAAAUUAUUUUUCCAAUGGCUAUUAACAUUAUUAGGCAAUUGAUUUUCCCUGUUGUAUUCAAUGCAUAUGAUCAAAGUCUCUUUGUAGUCAAUACAUGCGUUGCUUUUUCCAACCAUCUAUAGACUGCGCAGAGCUACCAUGUGUACUGUGGGCCUCAUUGACCAAUGGUGCCACUCAGUGGCUGAUUUACACAGUUACAGCUGAAACACAUUGAUAGCCAUUGGAAUUCCUCAGUCUAUCCCAGUAGAGGCUGGUGAGAGGAGCUACAGGAGGACGGGCUCAUUGUAAUGUCUGGAAUGGAACUGAGUCAAACAUGUGGUUUCUAUACGUUUGAUGUGUUUGAUACUGUUCCAUUGAUUCCAUUCCAGCCAUUACAAUGAGCCUGUCCUCCUAUAGCUCCUCCCACCAGCCUCCUCUGAUGUAUCCCUAUGAAUGUUUGCCACAGAAAAUAUUAAACCUUGUUUAAAUCUCUGGGAAUCUUCUUUUGUUAAGCAGAGAUGGCAGCGAUGCAAAUUAUACAAAGGAACCUUAUCUAUUUCUACACGGUACAUUACUAUGUAGGCCACUUUACAGUACUUCUCCGGCUUCGUUUACACAGGCAGCCCAAUUCUGAUCUUUUUUUCACUAAUUGGUCUUUUGACCAAUCAGAUCAGCUCUGAAAAAGAUCUGACGUCAAAAGAUUUGAUGUAAUUGGUCAAAAGACCAAUUAGUGGUGUAAACGCAGCCUCUGACACAGUCUAUCAAUUAAACAAUUUUGAUAACACUCCAAAUCAUAUUACUAUUCAUGUCAUGAGAAAGAUUUCAAGGAAUCAUUCUAGUUUGCAUUCCCCAUGAUUGAUUAACAUUUUCAAGCCAUUGUAUAAUAUUAAUCUUCAAUUUUCUACAACUCUAGAGCAAAAAGCAUUUGACAGAAGUCGCUUCCAUGUGUCUACAGAGAUACACUGGCUGACCAAGCUCUACCUGAUUUCAGAGCCCUAUUCAGUGCCACAAUCAGUCCCUUCUCUACAUUAUACUAAGUACAGUAUAGCUUGACUUCCUUGUUCCUUGUGACCUUAGUCUAUAAUGAAUAUAGAAAACAUAGCAAACACGUGUGUGUGUGUGUGUGUGUGUGUGUGUGUGUGCGUGCGUGUGCGAGACAGAAACUGAGAGAAUGAUCUAUCAUGCUUUUUCUGUCAGUGUUGAUAGAUGUUUGUUGUGGCAUGCAUGUGACUUUGCUCAGUCCGAUCUAAGAGAAAGUAUAUAAAUGGUUUAAAUGCAGAUAAACCAUUCAGAGCAGCAUGGAAACCAGUGUGACCUCCUCUCUAUGAUACCCUAACCACACCCCCCAGCCCUACUACGCUCAUAUCACCCUGAAAAUAACACGCCCUGAAAAGCACCCCAAAUCAACCCUAUGCCCAUGUAGUGCCAGCAGAUGGCAGUGUCUUAAUUCCCAACGAGACAUUCCUGUCAAAUGCUGUUUGGCCCUCUUCCCUACCAGUUACUUCUCACACUGACCUAUCUGUGGUUAUUGGCUUCGGCUCCUACAAUGGUCAAAUGUUUUUAUUGACACAAAAAGAGGUGAAGAAUGCCCAUGUACAUUCAGCUCCAAUCCCUGUGACAUAACAUUGGUUGGACUUUGACUCUAUAAAAAUGAAACCCAAGGCUGCAGGGUCAUUCAUUCAUUCAUGUAUGAUAUUAUAACUCAUCUGAUCUAAAUAUGCUGAUUUGGUUUUAGCCCAUAGCCGUAGAUGAGCAGCAAUUGAAUACUAAGUCUGACAGCCACCAUGAUGGUCGUUUGUUUUGGUUUGUUUGUCUCCUUUUGAUGCAGCACAGAAAAAUACAUGACUGGAUUUGAAACUGUGCGUAAAUGUUCUAUGUGUGUCUGUGUGUUUCCUUGUGUGAGUCCUGUACGUUAAUAGUGCUGUCCAUCCUCCUCUGGGGAUGGAUAGAGGAAUGCCUUGUCAGCUGGAACAGAUGAGGCUGGUUUUAAAUAACGAGCAGUCAUUCAGUGAUGCACAAGCCCAUUUUUGGCCUUGCAAAAUGAACAGAGAGCUCUCUUUCUCUCGCUCUAUCUCUCUCCCUUUUCUCUUUCUUUCUUUCAUUGUUUAUCUUUCUCACUCUUAUAUAAGCAUAAAUAUCAAUUCUCACACAAUAUUAACUUAUGUGGUAUGUCUGACUGUAGAAAGCAUUAUUCAUUUACUUUCUAGACAAAUAAAUCAUUAAAAAAACAUAAGAAUGUGUAUAUUGUAUUAACUCAAAUGGACUGUAUUGCAGUAAGAUGUUAACUUCCAAAAUGUGAUAUUCCAAUAAAAUUAAAGCGAUUACAAGAAAGAUUGCUGAAAGCAUAAACAUUAUAAUGCCAUAUGCUCUCAUUUUAUACUCCAAAAGACAGCGGAAUGUUUCCCAAAUGAUGUCCUCUCCUCAGACAUGUUGAGUUAUUACAUGACAAGGCCACUGUCUCUGUCCCUGACAAGUCUUUCCUCCUGUCUUGUCCACCCGUGUGUCUGUCUGUCCCACUAACCCUGACUGUCCC